AUGUCGACCGCUGCGAGAACAACUGACGCGUCGCGCCUCACCGACGCUUACCCGGCGGCAUACAAAGAUUUCUACGGCUUACCCAGCCUCCCUCCCUGUGUCUACAAGUCGGGGCGGCCAUACCACGAGGGCACAGGCGCCCUGUACCUCCGUGUCGGCCUCCGUGUCGGCAACGCAGACAAGCGCACCGUCCUCCUCACCGCCGCCCACAUUGCCACCGAGGAGAUCAUUGCGCUCGGAGACAAAGGCUACAGGGAUGCGGUGACCAACAUGCAGAGUUCCGUUCGCGACCUCUCCGAGAUGAUUAGUAUAUGGAAUGAUGAUAUUGCGGAACUGUGCGAGUGCACCAACGGUGGGGUGGAGGAUGAGGAGAUAGCCGAAAAGUGCCAGGAGGUGGAGGAUCUGGUGAACAAGGUCAGGACGACCCCGGAGCAGCGCACCAUCGGUUUCGUCCUCCAUGUCGAACCCAUCGCUGUCAGCGACGGACCCCACCAGUUCAUCCGCGACUGGGUGCUGAUCGAACUCUACGAGGACAAGAUUGUUUGGGACUCGUUCAAUAGCAAUCAGGUCUAUGUUGGCAAAUACCUCUCGCCGUAUGACUAUCGCGAGAUCAUGUUCCCCCGACCCGAGGACCAUGCUGGCUACAUGUACCUGCACAAUGGUCUCCUCCAAGCCAAUGGGGUGGUGAAGGACAAGGAGAUGCACUCGCCCCAGUACCUUGACGCCAACGGCUGCAAGUGUCUCCGCGUAGUGAAGAACAGUUUGGCCACAGGCACCACCGUGGGCCACGUCAACGGGUUGGACUCGUUCACUUGUGUCUACACCAAAGACUCGAAUGGCAGUGAACAGACAGCCAUCGAGGUAGCUGUCUUGCCUUAUGACAGGAAGAGGGGUGCGUUCUCUGCCCCUGGAGAUUCUGGUGCCAUCGUCGGCAUGCUCACUGGCGGUGGCGGCAAGGCUGAAGACACCGACAUCACGUACCUAACCCCGUACUGGUGGCUCGAGGAGGAGAUUAAGAAGGUCUUCCCCGGCUUCUACCUUUAUGACACUUUGCAGUAA